AUGAAUACCUCAUUUCUUCAUGACCUACUUAAUGGAAUCUCUAUCAGCUCAACUUAUCCGACCGGGAAGUCCUCAAAGAGAUACUUGCCCGAUUCAUCUGGCAAAUACUGCAAGUCUAUCACAAAAUCAAACAAGGGUAAGUUAAAUUCAGUUCUGACUAAGAUGUCAGAUACUGUAAAAGGGAAACUGAGGUUGGGAGCAAGAAUUCUUCGAGUUGGCGGAGUAGAGAAAGUGUUUAUGCAACUUUUUAGUGUUACAGAUGGAGAGAAGCUGUUGAAAGCAUCACAGUGCUACUUAUCAACGACAUCAGGUCCUAUAGCUGGUCUCCUCUUCAUAUCCACCCACAAAGUUGCUUUUUGCAGUGAGAAAUCCAUCAAGAUCACUUCUCCAAAAGGAGAGUUUAUUAGAGUUCACUAUAAGGUCUGUAUUCCACAUGAAAAGAUAGAGCAUGUCAACCAAAGUCAAAAUAUGAAGAAACCUUCAGAAAAGUAUAUAGAAAUAGUCACUGUAGAUGGUUUCGACUUCUGGUUUAUGGGUUUUUUUAAUUACCGGAAAGCUAUAAGAUAUCUCCAGCAGGCUAUGUCUGAAUCUCAGAGAGAAAAGUUGUAG